AUGGUUGAUGACUAAAAGAAAUUAUAAGAACAUAAUAAAGUUAUGGAUGAAAUACAAAAGUAAUUUGAAGCUCUUUUUAGUAUACUUAUUAUUUAUAAAUAAUAAAAAAUACAAAGUACCUUAUUAAUGAAGCAAAUGAAGAAAACUGUAUCCAAUCAAGCCAACUAAUGA